CCGUAACGAUAAUCAACUUUGUCCGAGUUUGGGCUUGGAAAUAAAAUAAACAGUAGCCAUAUGGGCCAAACAAACAAGAAUGCAUAUCUACCUGUUAUUUAUAUUCGCUCUUGCUUUUCUCAAUCUUGACUCUUUCAACCAACAUUCGCGCCAUAAGCUCCUAAGUUCCUCUCAUCCAAUGGAUCACAAAUGACAAAGAAAAACAAAAGACAGAGAAAACAGAGACAAAGCGAGAAACAAGACAAGGAAUACAAAAAAAUUAGUAAAUCGAAUCCCCCCCAAAAAAAAAAAGCUACUUUGGUUAACCAAAAAAAAAUAAAAAAUAAGAAAAGAGUUUCUUGAAACUCCCGGCGGCCUAGCUCCGGUUAAGUAAAUGGCCGUGGCCUGGCUAAUCUGGCCGUUCGUGCUAUCUCUAACAGCACUUUCUGCGAAUUCGAUAACCGAAUCAGAAUCUUUGUUGAAAUUCAAGAAGUCAUUAACCAACACCAAGUCUCUUGAUUCUUGGACACCAGAUUCAGAGCCUUGUGGAGAAAGCCAACGAUGGAUCGGAUUGAUAUGCAACAAAAACUCUGUCUUUGGCCUUCAAAUCGAACAGAUGGGUCUAUCAGGAAAAGUUGAUGUCGCUCCAUUAAAAGACUUACCCUCUUUACGCACCAUCAGCAUAAUGAACAACUCUUUCUCCGGUGACAUACCCGAGUUUAACAGAUUAACCGCUCUGAAGUCGCUUUACAUAUCAGGAAAUCGAUUCUCUGGUAACAUCCCUUCUGAUUAUUUCGAAACAAUGGUAUCGCUAAAGAAAGCGUGGCUGUCAAACAACGAGUUCUCUGGUCUCAUUCCUAUCUCAUUGGCAACUACAUUGCCAAAUCUCAUAGAGUUACGCCUCGAAAACAAUCAGUUCAUCGGAAGUAUACCUAAUUUCACACAAACGACUUUAGCUAUUGUUGAUCUAUCAAACAACCAACUAACCGGAGAAAUACCUCCCGGUUUGUUGAAAUUCGACGCCAAGAGUUUUGCGGGGAAUUCUGGCCUUUGUGGCGCGAAGCUAUCAACUGCAUGCCCACAACCAAAAAAUUCGACUGCAUCGAUAACGAUAGAAGGAACAAUGAAAGAUGCAAAUAAGAGCAAAUACUUUUUAGCAUUCGGGACAUUAGGAGUGCUUCUUAUCGUCGUGCUUGUCUCCUUAGCUUUCCGAAAAAAGAAAAAGAAGAGACGGAGGAAGAAGGCACGGCGUACCUCUGAACAAGACAAUAGUGAUGACCAACAAAUUCAGGUAACUGUUGAGGGAUCAAAUAGCUCAAGGCAAAGUAAGAGCAGUCGGUCCGGCGAAUUGAAUAAAGGUGUGGCUGGGACGACAGACCUAGUGAUGGUCAACAAGGAAAAAGGUGUUUUUGGUUUAUCGGACUUGAUGAAAGCGGCGGCUCACGUGCUUGGUAAUCCCGGCGGAGGAAGCAGCCGUCCUAGCAGUAGCGGAGGCGUGGGAUCUGCGUACAAAGCGGUUCUUUCAAACGGCGUCACGGUAGUGGUGAAACGUGUGACAGUAAUGAACCAAGUGAGUGUUGACGUAUUCGACAAGGAGAUUAGGAAACUAGGAAGCUUGCGACACAAGAACAUAUUAACGCCUCUAGCUUACCAUUUCCGACGAGACGAGAAAUUGCUAGUGUUUGAAUUCGUUCCUAAUCUGAGUUUGCUUCACCGAUUACACGGCGAUCACGAAGAAUUUCAACUAGAUUGGCCUUCUCGACUCAAAAUCAUUCAAGGAAUCGCUAGAGGAAUGUGGUAUCUCCAUAGAGAAUUAGGGUUUUUAAACCUACCACAUGGAAACCUAAAAUCGAGCAAUAUAUUUCUUGCGGAAGACGGCGAGCCACUCAUCUCCGAAUUCGGACUUCAAAAACUAAUCAAUCCAGACGCUCAAUCUCAAUCUCUCGUUGCAUAUAAAUCUCCAGAAGCGGAUCGUGAUGGAACCGUCUCUGCAAAAUCUGAUGUGUUUAGUUUCGGAGUCGUGGUUCUUGAGAUCUUGACCGGAAAAUUCCCGUCUCAAUACGCCGGUUUGAACAGAGCCGGUGGGGCAAAUUUGGUGGAGUGGAUUGGAUCCGCCGUGGAACAAGGUGGUUGGAUGGAUCUGCUUCAUCCGACGGUGGUUACAGCCGCCGCUGAAGAUAAAAUUUUAGAGGAGGAAAUUGAGAACGUUUUAAGAAUCGGUGUGAAAUGUACCGGAGAAGAUCCAGAUCAGAGACCGAAUAUGACUGAAGUCGUCGAUGAACUGACUAUAGAAGAUUCUAACGACGACUUUAUCACCAUAGAAACUUAGCUUCACCGUUUGAUCAAUUCCAACCGUUAGAUUCAUGCAGAUUCACCAUUUUUGUAUUUUUUUUUUUUCUGUUUAAAUUUGUAUAUGAUUAAAGAAUCAACUUAAGGCUACUUGUAAACAAAAAAGAUGUGUUUUUACGUUUUGGGCAUAGAUUAGUUAUCAGUCUGUUUUGCUGUUUUUCAUUACCACCACUUGUAAACUUUGGUACUAUUAAACACACAUCAUUAAAGCGAUUUGCUGUUUUCAUUACCACUUGUAAACUUUGGUAUUAAACACACAUAUCAUUAGAGAUUUUCUGGUUUACUACCACUUGCAAACUUUGGUAUAUUAAACACACACCAUUAGCGAUUAUAUUAUCAAUGAAAGUUACGAAUUACGAACCAAUAAUAUGCCAUAUCACGUGUUUGUGUAUACGUACGUGAUGAAGAAGAAAAUUGAUAAAUUGAAUUGUAUGACAGCUAAACACAGCUGUAGAUUAACGAAUCGUGAAAUUAUUAUGUUUUUUUUUUCUAUCAUAGAAAAUUAGAAAUAAUUAAAUUAUGGCCAGAAUUAAGUUAGCAGACAACAAAAGACCCAUCACUGCAUUUGAUUAUUAAUCAUCACUCAUAAUUCUAUGAACAAACAAAUUAUACGAGUACGAAUAAAUUGUAUUAUUGUGUUAAUAUAACCAUUUUAUCUAAUACUAGUAUUAAUAUGUUAGAUGCAAUAUAUUAGUGGCAUUAAUUAGAAAUCUAACGCACAUUGAA